AUGGAAAACGAACUUUUACCACCCGGUCAUCCAGUUAUUGCAUUUUCUUACACAGAUAUUGCUUCUGUUUAUUCAUCUCAAAAUGAUUAUAACCAAGCUCUAGAAUAUCAUCUUCAAGCAUUAGACAUUAGAAAAAAAGGUUUACCGGCUAAUCAUCAUUAUAUUGCUUGGAGUCUACAUCAAAUUGGAAGACUCUACCAUAAAAUGAAUCAUUUACAAUUAGCUUUUCAAUUUUAUUUUCAAUCAUUAGAAAUAUAUAAACAAUGGCAAACUGAUUCUUUCUUUAUUUCAAUUCUUUGUUUACUUGAUGAUAUUUCGUCGAUCUAUGGUAACCAAUUUCAUUUAUCUCUCAACUUACCGUCUCGACAAGAUUGGUUAUACAUACAAAUCAAUCAACAGUUUAAAUGA